AUGCCUACUGAACUGGAAGAGUUGGUGGGGUUCAUCGCCAGUCCCAACAUCAACAUCCGCGCUCUCGCUGUUGAAAAUUUGGUGCCAUACUCGACAGCAGAGCCUUCCAUCUUUAAGGCAGACAAAUUACAGCCUGUAAAGCACUUGAAGUUCCUGAUCAAGGAUCAUCCUAAAAUCGCUGAAAAUGCAGCCACUAUACUGGUCAACCUCACAGGCGACCCUGAAGUUCUGGAGGCUGUAGCAACCGACGAGAAAUUCCUCGAGGUUGUCUUCUCGUAUAUAAUCAACCCCGAAGAACCCAAUGCAAACUUAUUAGCCAUGCUCCUGGCCAACCUCGCAAAGUGGGAUGGCCUCAAGAGCACACUGCAGAGGAAACAGACCGCCCCCGAGGCCCUGGGCUCCGACGACAACGCGCUGAACCAGCUAAUGGAUCUCUUCGUCAAGGGCCAGGACGGCGGCUACAACAAGAAGGCUGACUUUGACUACCUCGCCUAUGUCUUCGCCGACCUGUCCAAGCACGCCGAGAUCAGGCAGUAUUUCCUCGCGCCCCAAAAGUACGACGGCGUCGUGCCGCUGUCCAAGCUCAAGGUCUUCACCGAGCACAAGUCCGAUAUCCGCCGCAAGGGUGUCGCCAGCACGAUCAAGAACGUGGCGUUCGAGGUCUCGUCCCAUCCAGCCUUCUUCUCAGAGAGCGAGAUCAACAUCCUACCCUAUAUCCUCCUGCCCAUCAUGGGAAGUGAAGAGUACGACGAGGAUGAGAUGCUGGAUUUCCUGCCGGAUCUGCAGCUCCUGCCAGAAGAUAAGAAGCGGGAUAGCGACAACAGCAUUGUCCAGACUCACGUGGAGACGCUGAUGCUUUUCACAACUACGAGGGAGGGAAGAGAGCUGCUGCGACAGAUCAAGGUGUACCCUAUCGUUCGAGAAACGCAUUCACGGGUCGAGGACGCAGAUGUCAAGGAGGCGUGCGACCGGUUAGUGCAGGUGCUCAUGCGGGACGAGGAGGAGCCCGGAAAGGAGGGAGAGAUCGCUGCGGACGAGCGUGUCAAGGAAGUCACCGAGGAGGAGGAAGGAGAGGAUGAAUUAGUAGAAGUCUGA